CUGUCAGCAGUACUGAAAUCUAACCUAAAUUUUACAUAUAUGUCUCGGUUCUAGCAUAUCUCAUUUCUUAAUGCGGCCGGGUUAAACAACGUAAACAAUUUAUAAAAUGCCACCAAAAAAAGAUGGAAAAGGCGGUAGUAAGGAUAGCAAAGCGUCAGGUAGCAAAAAAGGGGGUGGUGCUGCCGGUGAAGAAAAAGGUAAGGAAAAGAAGGGCGGCAAUGCUGUCAAAGUCCGACAUAUCCUUUGCGAAAAACAAGGCAAGAUACUUGAAGCCUUGGAAAAGCUUAAAGCUGGUCAAAAGUUUCCCGAAGUAGCGGCCGCUUACAGCGAAGAUAAAGCCCGUCAAGGUGGCGACUUAGGUUGGCAAAUUCGUGGUGCUAUGGUAGGACCUUUCCAAGAUGCUGCCUUUGCGCUUCCCAUUUCGAAUGUAAAUAAUCCAAUCUACACAGAUCCUCCCAUAAAGACGAAAUUUGGCUACCACAUCAUAAUGGUGGAAGGAAAAAAAUAAAUUUGAGUUUAAUCUAAAGAAGUAAAACACCAAAGUAGGCUUGGUUGUAAUUGUUUUUAUUUUUUUUUUAUGAAAUUAAAAGAUUUUAUAAAUA